UAGAUCGCAAACGUUUCAGUUUCUUUUCAUCGUCGUAUCGCGCUCCUUGAUGAUGCGCUAUCGGUCGACCUCGUACCUUUGUGUUUGAAGAUGGUUCAUUUGGCCAGUGCGAAGAAUUUUAUUAUUUGAAACUGGAAAUCAUGUUGAGAGCUGUUCAAUAGUAAUUUCAAUUAUUUUCUAAUGACAAACAGGGUAGGGCGACUUCGUGUUUUAUAUUUCCUUGCUAGUGUUUAUGUAAUUCCAAUGUGCUAGAGAAAUGAAUGAAUUGGAUGCAUAAAAAAGAAAGCAUUACGCAGCAAAGUAGCAUAUUUAUUGUUGCUGAGAGAUGUGAUACAUACGUAGUUAAUGGGAAGAGUUGCUUAUCGGAAAACAGUGUUAGUGACAGCUGAGUUCCAUUGAUUGUGUGUGUUUGUGAAGUUUUUGAUUGCUAUGCUGAAUGCCUUGUGCGCUACUGUUCAAUGCGUUUGCUUGAUAGAAAAUUCGAUUUUCAUGAAAAUUAUUUCGAUACAGUGAUAAACGGCUGAUAAUAACAUCCCUCUUGAGGGAAUAAAAUGGAAUAAAGUGAUACAUCCAUAUGCUGUUCCAGGAUUACGCAAAUUGAGUGGAUUAUGUUUUUUCUUUAGUGGGUCAAUGUUUUCUACAGCAUUGAAAAGUGCUUCUCCCAGUUUUCUCUAUUAAAUAGAUGAUCAUUAGGAUGGCUUGAGAAUAAAGAGCAUUCACUGGCGCGUAUGCCAGUUUUAACUGACAAACUUGACGCACUUGACACAAUCGAUAGACCGAGAACGAAACAAUGGAGACUGGUGACACAGCAACGCUUCCAAUGGGCACUGCUGCACCUGCCCUUGUACGUCCGAACACAUUGCUGCCGCCCGAGAGAGAGCCGGUUCAUUUUCAAAUCAAUCUUAUUGGUGCACCACCGGAAGUAGAACAGCUGAUCGAACAUGUCAAAGCUGUUGCGGAGCAAUUUCUAUAUCAUUGGAAAACGUUUCCUAUCAAUCUGCCUACACCGCUUUCUUCAGGCCCUGGUGCAAUCACAGGUACUGGAAGCCGCAGUGAAGGUGGAGGAAAUGCUAUUAUUAGUACUAAUAACAAUAACAGCACGGCUGGUACUAAUCGAAAGUCACGCCCGAUCAAUCUGCGUGACCUAUUCAUCGCUCCUCCGUUCGACGAGUUGGACGCAGUAGCGGCGGAUGGAUCGGGUGAACCGCGGCUGCUGAAUAACGCUCAACUACGAUCGUUGCGCGAACGAGGCUUGCAAAAGGACAAAUUUGGCAAACCGAAGAAAUUAAAUUUGGAACAAUUGGACUCGAUACAAUUGACAGGUGAGUUUGAAGUUCCCAGCUUGAACUUUCCCGGACAAAUGCACCGUUGGAGGUUGUCUCAGUUUCUACAGAAAGGAUCCGAACGUACGCGAGCUUCGCUGCUUGGAGAUUUGGCAAUGUCCGCGCGUUUCUUGGUUAUCACUGCCAAGCUAAGACUGUUUGGUCACUUCUUUUCAGUUGCCCACGCAGCUCGCGCACUUUUGAGGGGUCUCAUCAAACUAGCUGAUAUGAUAAUAGGUGUUCCAUCUCUGCUGGCACAAAAUCUAGAUAAUAAAAUCAAAGAAGAACGAUGCCGUUUUUUGGUAGCCGAAUUAGUGUGUAGGAGUGAAUACGAGGAUUGCAUGGAUGCCCUGUGUGGCUACGUAAGACAUCAACUUCGCAGAGCCACAAUGGAGAAAUUUGAUGUCAACUGUCAGCAAGCACAGCCUAUACCUUAUUUGUACCUAACGCCAAAAGGACAGGAUAUUGAUUUGCGACUUUUCUCCAAAGACAUCAUGCGGAAGGCACUGCCCAUUUUGGUGGGAAUUUUGGAGAAAGAAACUCGCGGAUGGUUCCUACAUUUCCGCGAGAGAUUGAUUGCGGAGCUACGAGAGCGCAAAAUGACCGACGCAGAGAUAGAGGAAGAAGUGAAUGAUGCCGUAAUGAAGGAAUAUCUGCAGCGAGUCUACACGUCUAUACUGGCAAACGGCGAUCUGGCUGAUUUAGGCGAAAAUAUUCCACAAUUGCUUGUACAGCAAGCACAGUCUGUGGUCAUCAUGCAUAAAGCUGUCGAUAAAAUACAGAAGGAGCUGAAGAAAUCUCGCGAUGAACAGAGAAAACAGUUGCAGGAACAACACUUAGUUUUAUCUCGUAUAUCGCCCUGGCUGCGCGCGAAGCUUGAAGCCUGUGAGCAAACGAAAUUAACCAAAAUUACGUGGGGUGCCCAUGAAGAGGCGCUCAAAAUAGCACAGAAGCAUAAUUUACACCAGACGGUGUAUUUUCUCAGUCGUGAUCUAGCAUUCAUGAAAGAGCGUGAACCAGUUCUGCUGAAGGAGUUGAAAAACGCAAAAACACCCACGCGAAACUUUCAAUGGGCAUGUAGGAUAUGGUCACCGAGAUCAUGGAUUAUUCGUCGUAGUUUCCAAGGACAUUCCGAAGCUAUACCAACUGUUAUCACUCAGCAAGCCACCUCAAUAGUUACCCCUCGAUCAGAUCCCAGCCAGCCAGUGUUUCUGGUGGAAAAAGAGCUUGUUCGCUCAACGAGCACGCGGUGGCCAAUGUGGCGCUUGCUGAACCUGUUCCAGCGCACUUGGACUUGGACAUGGAACAUUAUGUUUCUGCUGGGCAUAAUUGUACCGUGGUGUAGUCCACUUGGACUUCGCGCUCUGUUUUGCGUCAAACCAUUCAUGGCCGAUUUAGAGUUGUCCCAGGUGAAUGGGACACUUUUCCCUAGGAAAACCAGCAUUACUCCAACAAUGUGCUCAAGAUUGGUAGAACUGUGGAGACACAUAUCGAAAGCGAGGACACACUUUGAAACUGAGCCGGACACCGGAUUUGUUGGGAAAGGAAUGACAAGGCAUUUGAACAGACUGUACAAUUAUUUUAUAAAAGGGUUUCUCGGAUCUCUGCUUAUACUCAUACUUUUUCCGUUGUUGUGUAUCAGUGUUAGCAUUAGUAGCAUCGCGUUUGCUAUCGCUGCUCCACUGUGGAUGCCAUUCAUUACUGUCACACUCCAUAUGUACAUGAUGUUAGUCUAUGAUUUGGAUUGUCCUGAUGAAAGUCGUCGGAAUCGUUAUUGCAUAUUCAUGGAGGCGGUUGGUUGGAAUAUUUUGAUACAAGGCUUGCUGCAACCACUAGCUGCACUGAUGGUUAUUGCUUUGAUUUGUCCGACAGUGUCAGUGAUCGUUUUAUUCCUAGGAGUCGCUCGAUACUGGUUACGGUUGAUCUGGGAUGCCAUGACAUUCCAUCUUUUUAUCAAGAAAUGCGGACGGGUUCCUGCGAGUGACAGUUUUGCCGUAAAACGCAUCGCUGGACCUGGGCUGGCUUUGGACUAUUACUUCUCUAUUAAACCCGAGCAAGCCCUGGCGGCUUUCGAAGCAAAAAUGGAGCUGGAUGAAUUACAGGCCUAUCAGCACUCAAUGGAAACAGUUAUUUGCCAGCCACAGAAGGAUUUUAGUCAGUUUGUGGAAGCUUGUUUCGGGCCCUUUUCGGCACAGCUUUCCAAAUCGGUUGGCCCCUAUCGGCAGCUCGAACGAGAGGGCCAAGAUCUAAUGACAUCACUACACGAGAAGUUGGAGAAGCGACGGCGUGACUUACAAACCGGACUGACCACCGCUGUAAAGUCGAGGAUAAAGCUGAAUACGAUGGAACUGAAAAUUGUUAUUCAGCAAUCCGCUUAUAUGUUGGAGAAAUUUUACCCAUCUCAUGUGAUAGCAAGACUCUCAAUCAGUGAGGACGAAUUUUGGGAUGCCAAGGGACUCUCAGUGGGUGAUUGGGCAGGGUUAGCAGGAUUGCUGUACGCCGAUAUCUUCAGUUUGGACUUUUUGACACCAAUGGCAGAUAACGAUACUCAGUUCAAGUUGGAGCCUCAUUCGCAGCUGGAUUUGUCGCGCUACACGGAGAUGGUACAAAACACGAGCGACAUUAUGGGCAUCAAUGGUCCAGACCUGUUGGGAAACGUUUAUGCGCCUCGUGGAAAUAUACAGGUCCAUUCGCCAUAUCUGGAGGUUUCCGCUUUCAAUCCUCGGUCAAGAGUUAUGAUUAAUUCUAGAAGGGCUGAGAAAAGGAAUGACACUUCAUCUGGAUUGACGACGCCACGUGUAAGGGCCCGACGUUCGCCCAUUCCAACGCCCAAAUCAACACAAAGCAGCUGGAAGCCGUGGAAGCGAAAACAAGCGAUGAAGCAUGCUGCUGAGAAAAUGUUGAUUCCGUUGCCGAUACCGCAUCCUGUUCACAUAGCCAUAUCAAUUUAUAACAGAGACUCAGACCACCCCGUUCCGAUCGAGUCGGACAUUUGCUGGGAUAUUUUAAGAUCGAUCGAGGAAUGUCAGGGUGAUUUGGAGGCAAUUACACGCUUCCGGGAGGCCGGUGGGGAAGCGAAUCGUUCUGCGGGGCUAAGCGUCGAUGGAUUAGCUGCAAUUGACUCCAGCAUCGAUUCGUUGGACUCACAGAAUUCUUCCAACUCUGGGACCAAGGACAGUAUGGAUAUGAUGGCCGGUGCCAGUGAGACACUUCCUUGUACCAAUCGAGAAGUAACGAUAAUUAUUCCGGCCGCUCCGGGUGAAUUGGACAAUAUAAAAACUGUUGGAGGGCGCAGUGCCGUUGAAGUGGAUGUAGAUGUAACACCAUCCGCACCAACGCACUUCCAUUGGACGCUAAGAAAUUGGGGAACUACCAAUGGGAACCAGUCGGCGCUGGCUGCUCGUCGUCGAAAUACCAGCUACACAUAUAGCAGUAAUACCAGUGGGGGCCAUGUUAACUUGAACAGUGCCAGCACUACUUCCCAAAAUGAUGCGUUGCUUGAACAGAUUCGCGUUGAUUUGGCCAGUCCAGAAGAUAUUUCUCUGGACACCGAUAGCUCUAGAGCUGUUUUCAGUGCUGCUUACGGAACUACAGUUUGAAAGCUGAAUGACUAAUUGCUUAUGAUAAAAAUCGUAUAUGCAUAAAAAUGGUGUUUGUGAUAAAAAAAGUAUAUUUACUUUUUCCGGCCAAUGGAUGAGCCCUCAAGUUGAGAAUGUGUUUCAAACACAUUGUUUGUAUUCAGUGCAUUGUUUCAUUAUUUAUUAUAUUUGAUAUUGUUUUACCGAUGAUUUUGUUUGUUUUUCUUUAGUUCUCUAUAUACUCACUAAGUCAUUUUAAUCACAAUUGAUACCUUACAUGUCUAGUCUUACUUAUUGAUGCACUUUCGUAGUUAGGACAUCAGGCCUUUUUUGUGAACGUCCUUUAAUUGUAUAUUAUAGUUUAACAAGUCACCACUCAACGCUGGAAAAACUUGAGUUCAAUAAUAUUUAAAUAUAGAUGCUUUCAUUACUUGCUGUUGACAGAUAGCAUUGCAUAAUAACAGUUCACUGAUAAACUCGAUGAGCAGUCAAUGCUUGAUGUUCUUAAUAUACAUUAAUGUUGAAUGCAUUUAUUAUUUAACGCGAACCAAAUCAACUAAUGUACAGCUAGGUUAAAUUGAAGUUAGUAUAAUGGAAAAUUGAUAAAGAUAGAUUUUUUAUAUAUUUAGUGAAAAGCACAGUUGAUCUGCCAAUAAUAGUAACUAGAUUGUAACGAAAAUAGCGAUGACGAUAUUUUCGAUCCGGUAUUCAAAUUUCUUAUAAACCAGUAAUUUCUCUCAGUUUGCUUGCUUCGUUUCAAAAUCGAUUUGCUUUGCGUACGAAAUGAAAAGCAUAACACGUAUUAUCUUUGAUUGAAAUAUUCCAACAAAGUCCAUCCUUUCAUCAUUCCUCCAUUUCAAGAAGUACACACACACAAACGAUUCUCUAAAAAAUAAUAAAUUGUCCUACGUAAUUGAUAAAAAGAAUAAAAAGGAAACAAUAACCUCAAUAGUUAAGACAUACUUAAUACAAAAUCACUUCUCGGACUAGAGUAGCAACAAAACGAACACGUUAAAAUUCAUCUGCAAUCUAGCUUCGUAAGGCGGACAUUUAAAUAACUAGAACAUUAUUUUAAGAAAAGACCUACGAAAAGCUACUUCUAAGAUGUCGAAAUAAUAAUUUUGCUCUCUACAUUCAUAAUUACGACAAAAUAACAUUCUGAAAGUACAUUUAUUUACCUUUAACAAAACUUAUUUCCAUUUUAAUAAUCUAAUUGUGGUUUUAGUACAGGUAUUGAUUUUAUUUGCAAUACAAUAAAUGCCAAAGACAAACAAAAGUACGCAACAUUCUCUGCAAACAACAAAAUGAAUCUUAUUUAUACAGAUAAACAAACUUCCAUGUGUUUUAGCUUGUAUUUGACACAUAAAAUCACAGCAUCACUUCUAGCAGCUAAGGGACAGUUUGCCAUGGGCACAUGUUCUUUUGUGUACAUAAAGGGAUAGAAACCCCCCGUAAAACUACCAUCAUCUAUGAAUAAAAUUUCUUUGUAGACCGAAAUUCAUGGGAAACUAAUAAAUUCAUCAUGCGAUGAACAGUUUGCGAUCAAA